AUGUUCGGAAUCCCGGAAUCCGAUUUGACUGUCUUCGAUCCGGAAACGAGGGUAGCGUUUCAGAUUCUUAUUUGGCCGAUCGUUAUCGCGGGGGUGGUCGCAAAUUUCGGGGUCGUGUGGCGCAUUUAUCGCGCCGAGUACCGAAAUGCGGCUUUGAAGAUCUUUUAUCGGGGGGCUCUUUUAUCAAUGGCCAUGUCGGAUGUCCUCUUGCUGACCACUUCCGGCUUGAACACCCUGACCGUCGCCCGACAAGGCAUCAUCUUGUGGUUACUUCCGGAAUGCAUGUGCACGGUUUUGCCGUACCUGCAAACAGUUGCAGUGCUGGUUGGCUCCUUGACCCUGGCAGGAAUUGCAGCAGACAGGUACAGCUCGAUGAAGUCGAACUUCCCGUCGUCGGUGAUGACAAAAUGGCCGUGCGCAGUCGGCUUCGUCCUCCUCAUCUGGUGCAUCGCUGCAGCGACUUCGUACCCGGUUUUACGGAUCUACAAGACGUACACGAUCCUCGUAAUCAACGGAUCCUCUCGUUACAGGUCGCAAUUAUGCGUGGUCGACCGAUCCUCCGGCACGGCCAUUUACACGAUACUUUUCGCCGUGAUUUUCCUUCCACUGGGGAUUACUUUCGUCACGAUCCACCUGUUACUCGCGUUUAACAUCUGGGAGAGAAGAAAUCCAGGUGGGGACUCGCGACACGCGACCGGCGACUCGCAAAUCACCGAAUCGGCGACAGCCUCAACAGGUGUCAGUCGGUCAGGGUCGGCCAGCAAGAGGAAGAAGGUCUGCCCGGCACAUGUUCUUAGGAAGAAGAGGAUCAUCAAAGUGAUUCUUCUCCUGAUAAUUGUCUUCGCCGUGUGCAGACUUCCGAUUUGGAUAUUCCUCCUCUACAAACUGAACGUGACAUUGAGCGGCAUGUUCUGGUGGCACUUGCAGGUCGUCUUGUCGACAUUGUCGUUCAUCGGCGCGGCCGUUAAUCCGUUUCUCUACGCGUUUCUAAACGAAACUCUGUCCCUGGUUUCCUGGCUGAAGUACUGGUUCUCGAGAAAGGACAAUUUCGACGUCACCACGGCGAAUCGCGAAAAUAAGGACAUCGGCAUCGGCACCGUAAAGAUACCGCGAGGUCCUUAUUCCCCAUGAUUCAAGUAUUACAUUUUUUAUAGAGUAUUUUUUAUACACGUUCCUCGUUAUUAGAGAUAAUUAAUCGAAGAAAAGAACUCGUGCGAAAAUUCGGCGACCUUAAGGCAAAAAUGUAUUUGGCGCGAAAAGCUGCCCAAGGGACGUAAAGUUGAAAACACGGUAAGUUACGCGAAAAACGAUAAAAAAAAUUCCAAGUACGAAAUAUCGGCUCGUUUUCAAACAAAGCGAUAA